AUGGUCUUUGGAAAUCGGGUGACGCCAGAGUAUCUGGCUCCUCGCGCUAACGGCACGCGCAGCCCUUCCGCGGAGGCUCGGUGGGAGUACCACUUUGUUAAUCCGAUGGUGGCGAAUGUGCUCUCCACCAUCGUUGACAUGGUUCAGUGGGUGCCCGCCGGCGCAGCGGACGUGGCCGUUCAGACGCUCGUGGAGAUUUAG